AUGUCUACAACCACAGAAAGUACAACGCUUUCAGUCCACAGUACAGAUACAACAACUGCACCAGUAGCAACUUGCUACAACAACUGGUCCUGGUCCAAUCUCUAUAACCAGAGAAACUACAACGCCGUUAGUCCACAGUACAGAUACAACAACGGCACGAGUAGCAACUUCGAGUGUGGCAUCCACACAAUCACCGCCUUCAACAAUUACUUCUCAUGUAACUCCCAGUGCUACAACAACCGGCCCUAUGUUACAACAACUGGUCCUGGUCCAAUCUCUAUAACCAGAGAAACUACAACGCCGUUAAUCCACAGUACAGAUACAACAACGGCACCAGUAGCAACUUCGAGUGUGGCAUCCACACAAUCACCACCUUCAACAAUUACUUCUCAUGUAACUGCCAGUGCUACAACAACCAGCCCUAGUAUCUCUACAACAGAAACCACAUCGCCAUCAGUCCACAGUACAGAUUCGACAACAGCACAAGUGACAACUUCGAGUAGUAGAACAACUGGCACUAGUAUCUCUGAAACAAUAGGACCUACAGCGGCUUCAGUCCAUAGUACAGAUACAACAGCGGCCCCAAGAAACUACAACGCCGUUAGUCCACAGUACAGAUACAACAACGGCACGAGUAGCAACUUCGAGUGUGGCAUCCACACAAUCACCACCUUCAACAAUUACUUCUCAUGUAACUGCCAGUGCUACAACAACCGGCCCUACUAUCUCUACAACAGAAACCACAACGCCAUCAGUCCACAUGCUACAACAACUGAUCCUAGUAUCUCUACAACCACAGAAACUACAACGCUUUCAGUCCACAGUUCAGAUACAACAACAGCACCAGUAGCAACUGUAAGUGUAGCAUCCACACAAUCACCACCCUCUACAAGUGACCCUAGUAUCAGCACAACGACAGGAACUACAUCUGUGACGUCUGGUCUUAGUACGACGACUUCAUCACCUUUAACAAGUACCUCUGGUGUAACUCCGAGUGCAAGCAUUAGUAGCCCAACUGUCAGCACAGCAACAGAAACAACAACGGCAACAUCAGUGUCAAGCACAACUUCUAGUGUAGCAUCUACACAAUCAUUCCUUUCUACAAGUACUUCUGGUGUACCUCCCAGUGCUACCAACACUGGUCCAAGUAGCGUUGGCCCAAGUAUUAGCACAACGACACCGAGUACAACAACUGGAACUACAAUAGCUGGAACUAUAAGUACCUCUGCUGUAACUCCAAGUGCAAGCACCAGUAGCCCGACUGUCAGCACAGCAACAGAAACAACAACGCCAACGUCCGUGCAGAGUACAACCACUUCAAGUGUAGCCUCUACACAAACAUUGCCUUCUACAAGUACUUCUGGUGGACCUCCCAGUGCUACCAACACUGGCCCAAGUAUUAGCACAACUACAGCAAAUACAGCAUCUGGAACUACAACAGCUGAAACUACCACACCAUCAUCUGUGCAAAGUACAACUUCAACUGUACCAUCUACACAAUCAUUGCCUUUAACAAGUAAUUUUGCUGUAACUUCAGGUGACCCUAGUAUCAGCACAACGACAGGAACUACAUCUGCAACUGCUACCAACACUGGUCCACGUAGUGUUGGCCCAAGUAUUAGCACAACGACACCAAGUACAACAACUGGAACUACAACAGCUGGAACUACAAGUACCUCUGCUGUAACUCCGAGUGCAAGCACCAGUAGCCCGACUGUCAGCACAGCAACAGAAACAACAACGCCAACGUCCGUGCAGAGUACAACAACUUCAAGUGUAGUCUCUACACAAGCAUUACCUUCUACAAGUACUUCUGGUGGACCUCCCAGUGCUACCAACACUGGCCCAAGUAUUAGCACAACUACAGCAAAUACAGCAUCUGGAACUACAACAGCUGAGACUACCACACCAUCAUCUGUGCAGAGUACAACUUUAACUGUACCAUCUACACAAUCAUUGCCUUUAACAAGUAAUUUUGCUGUAACUCCAGGUGACCCUAGUAUCAGCACAACGACAGGAACUACAUCUGUGACGUCUGGUCUUAGUACGACGACUUCAUCACCUUUAACAAGUACCUCUGGUGUAACUCCGAGUGCAAGCAUUAGUAGCCCAACUGUCAGCACAGCAACAGAAACAACAACGGCAACAUCAGUGUCAAGCACAACUUCUAGUGUAGCAUCUACACAAUCAUUCCUUUUUACAAGUACUUCUGGUGUACCUCCCAGUGCUACCAACAGUGGUCCAAGUAGCGUUGGCCCAAGUAUUAGCACAACGACACCGAGUACAACAACUGGAACUACAACAGCUGGAACUAUAAGUACCUCUGCUGUAACUCCAAGUGCAAGCACCAGUAGCCCGACUGUCAGCACAGCAACAGAAACAACAACGCCAACGUCCGUGCAGAGUACAACCACUUCAAGUGUAGCCUCUACACAAACAUUGCCUUCUACAAGUACUUCUGGUGGACCUCCCAGUGCUACCAACACUGGCCCAAGUAUUAGCACAACUACAGCAAAUACAGCAUCUGGAACUACAACAGCUGAAACUACCACACCAUCAUCUGUGCAAAUGCUACCAACACUGGCCCAAGUAUUAGCACAACGACAGCAAAUACAGCAACUGGAACUACGACACCAUCAUCAGUGCAGAGUACAACUUCAACUCUACCAUCUACACAAGCAUUGCCCUUCUACAAGUGCUUCUGCUGUAACUCCGAGUGCUACUACCACUGGCCCUAGUAUCAGCACAACAACAGGGACUACAUCUGUGACGUCUGGUCUAAGUACGACGACUUCAUCACCUUUAACAAGUACCUCUGGUGUAACUCCGAGUGCAAGCAUUAGUAGCCCAACUGUCAGCACAGCAACAGAAACAACAACGGCAACAUCAGUGUCAAGCACAACUUCUAGUACGACAGGAACUACAUCUGCAACGUCUGGUCUAACUCCGACAACUUCAUCACCUUUCACAAGUACGUCUGUAACUCCAAGUACAAGUACAACUUCAACUCUACCAUCUACACAAGCAUUGCCUUCUACAAGUGCUUCUGCUGUAACUCCGAGUGCUACUACCACUGGCCCUAGUAUCAGCACAACAACAGGGACUACAUCUGUGACGUCUGGUCUAAGUACGACGACUUCAUCACCUUUAACAAGUACCUCUGGUGUAACUCCGAGUGCAAGCAUUAGUAGCCCAACUGUCAGCACAGCAACAGAAACAACAACGGCAACAUCAGUGUCAAGCACAACUUCUAGUGUAUCAUCUACACAAUCAUUCCUUUCUACAAGUACUUCUGGUGUACCUCCCAGUGCUACCAACACUGGUCCAAGUAGUGUUGGCCCAAGUAUUAGCACAACGACACCGAGUACAACAACUGGAACUACAACAGUUGGAACUAUAAGUACCUCUGCUGUAACUCCAAGUGCAAGCACCAGUAGCCCGACUGUCAGCACAGCAACAGAAACAACAACGCCAACGUCCGUGCAGAGUGACCCUAGUAUCAGCACAACGACAGGAACUACAUCUGCAACGUCUGGUUUAACUCCGACAACUUCAUCACCUUUCACAAGUACAUCUGUAACUCCAAGUACAAGCACCAGUAGCCCAACUGUCAGCAUAGCAACAGAAACAACAACGCCAACGUCAGUGCCGAGCAUAACUUCAAGUGUAGCAUAUCAGCACAACAACAGGGACUACAUCUGUGACGUCUGGUCUAAGUACGACGACUUCAUCACCUUUAACAAGUACCUCUGGUGUGACCCUAGUAUCAGCACAACGACAGGAACUACAUCUGUGACGUCUGGUCUUAGUACGACGACUUCAUCACCUUUAACAAGUACCUCUGGUGUAACUCCGAGUGCAAGCAUUAGUAGCCCAACUGUCAGCACAGCAACAGAAACAACAACGGCAACAUCAGUGUCAAGCACAACUUCUAGUGUAGCAUCUACACAAUCAUUCCUUUCUACAAGUACUUCUGGUGUACCUCCCAGUGCUACCAACACUGGUCCAAGUAGCGUUGGCCCAAGUAUUAGCACAACGACACCGAGUACAACAACUGGAACUACAAUAGCUGGAACUAUAAGUACCUCUGCUGUAACUCCAAGUGCAAGCACCAGUAGCCCGACUGUCAGCACAGCAACAGAAACAACAACGCCAACGUCCGUGCAGAGUACAACCACUUCAAGUGUAGCCUCUACACAAACAUUGCCUUCUACAAGUACUUCUGGUGGACCUCCCAGUGCUACCAACACUGGCCCAAGUAUUAGCACAACUACAGCAAAUACAGCAUCUGGAACUACAACAGCUGAAACUACCACACCAUCAUCUGUGCAAAGUGACCCUAGUAUCAGCACAACGACAGGAACUACAUCUGCAACAUCUGGUUUAACUCCGACAACUUCAUCACCUUUCACAAGUACAUCUGUAACUCCAAGUACAAGCACCAGUAGCCCAACUGUCAGCAUAGCAACAGAAACAACAACGCCAACGUCAGUGCCGAGCAUAUAUCAGCACAACAACAGGGACUACAUCUGUGACGUCUGGUCUAAGUACGACGACUUCAUCACCUUUAACAAUGCUACCAACACUGGUCCAAGUAGUGUUGGCCCAAGUAUUAGCACAACGACACCGAGUACAACAACUGGAACUACAACAGCUGGAACUACAAGUACCUCUGCUGUAACUCCGAGUGCAAGCACCAGUAGCCCGACUGUCAGCACAGCAACAGAAACAACAACGCCAACUGCUACCAACACUGGCCCAAGUAUUAGCACAACGACAGCAAAUACAGCAACUGGAACUACGACACCAUCAUCAGUGCAGAGUACAACUUCAACUCUACCAUCUACACAAGCAUUGCCUUCUACAAGUGCUUCUGCUGAAACUCCGAGUGCUACUACCACUGGCCCUAGUAUCAGCACAACAACAGGGACUACAUCUGUGACGUCUGGUCUAAGUACGACGACUUCAUCACCUUUAACAAGUACCUCUGGUGUAACUCCGAGUGCAAGCAUUAGUAGCCCAACUGUCAGCACAGCAACAGAAACAACAACGGCAACAUCAGUGUCAAGCACAACUUCUAGUGUAGCAUCUACACAAUCAUUCCUUUCUACAAGUACUUCUGGUGUACCUCCUAGUGCUACCAACACUGGUCCAAGUAGUGUUGGCCCAAGUAUUAGCACAACGACACCGAGUACAACAACUGGAACUACAACAGCUGGAACUACAAGUACCUCUGCUGUAACUCCGAGUGCAAGCACCAGUAGCCCGACUGUCAGCACAGCAACAGAAACAACAACGCCAACGUCCGUGCAGAGUACAACAACUUCAAGUGUAGCCUCUACACAAGCAUUACCUUCUACAAGUACUUCUGGUGGACCUCCCAGUGCUACCAACACUGGCCCAAGUGACCCUAGUAUCAGCACAACGACAGGAACUACAUCUGCAACGUCUGGUUUAACUCCGACAACUUCAUCACCUUUCACAAGUACAUCUGUAACUCCAAGUACAAGCACCAGUAGCCCAACUGUCAGCAUAGCAACAAAAACGACAACGCCAACGUCAGUGCCGAGCAUAACUUCAAGUGUAGCAUCUACACAAGCAUUGCCUUCUACAAGUACUUCUGGUGUACCUCCCAGUGCUACCAACACUGGCCCAAGUAUUAGCACAACGACAGCAAAUACAGCAACUGGAACUACGACACCAUCAUCAGUGCAGAGUACAACUUCAACUCUACCAUCUACACAAGCAUUGCCUUCUACAAGUGCUUCUGCUGUAACUCCAAGUGCUACUACCACUGGCCCUAGUAUCAGCACAACGACAGGGACUACAUCAGUGACGUCUGGUCUAAGUGACCCUAGUAUCAGCACAACGACAGGAACUACAUCUGCAACGUCUGGUCUAAGUACGACAACUUUAUUAUCUUUUACAAGUACAUCUGCUGUAAUUUCCACUGCAAGCACCAGUAGCCCGACUGUCAGCAUAGCAACAGAAACAAAAACGCUAACGUCAGUGCCGAGCACAUCUUCAAGUGUAGCAUCUACGCAAUCAUUCCUUUCUACAAGUACUUCUGGUGUACCUCCCAGUGCUAUCAACACUGGACCAAGUACAACAAUUGGAACUACAACAGCUGGAACUACAACACCAUCAUCAUUGCAAAGUACGGCAACUUCAACUCUACCAUCUACACAAGUAUUGCCUUCUACAAGUCCUUCUGGUGUAACUUUAAGUACUACUACCACUGGUCCUAGUAUCACCACAACGACAGGAACUACACCUGCAACGGCUGGUCUAAGUACGACAACUUCAUCACCUUUCACAAGUACGUCUGUGACUCCAAGUGCAAGCACCAGUAGCCCAACUGUAAGCACAGGGACAGAAACAACAACGCCAACGUCAGUGCCGACCACAACUUCAGGUGUAGAACCUACACAAUCAUUCCUAUCUACAAGCACUUCUGGUGUACCUCCCAGUGUUACCAACACUGGCCCAAGUAUUAGCACAACGACACCAAGUACAACAAGUGAAACUACAACAGCUGAAACUACAACACCAUCAGUACCUCCCAGUGUUACCAACACUGUCCCAAGUAUUAGCACAACGACACCAAGUACAACAAGUGGAACUACAACACCUGAAACUACAACCCCAUCAUCAGUGCAGAGAACUACAUCUGCAACGUCUGGUCUAAGUACGACAACUUCAUCAUCUUUUACAAGUACGUCUGUAACUACAAGUGCAAGCACCAGUAGACCAACUGUAAGCACAGCAACAGAAACAACAACGCGAACGUCAGUGCCGAGCACAACUUCAAGUGUAGCACCUACUCAAUCAUUCCUAUCUACAAGCACUUCUGGUGUACCUCCCAGUGUUACCAACACUGGCCCAAGUGUUAGCACAACGACACCAAGAACUACAUCUACAACAUCUGGUCUAAGUGCGAAAUCUUCAUCACCUUUCACAAGUACGUCUGUAACUCCCAGUGCAAGCACCAGUAGCCCAGCUGUAAGCACAGGGACAGAAACAACAACGCCAACUCCUUCUGGUGUAACUUCAAGUGCGACAUCGACUGACCCUAGUAUCAGCACAACUGCAGGAACUACAUCUGCAACGUCUGGUCUAAGUACGACAUCUUCAUCAUCUUUUACAAGUACGUCUGCUUGCUUCCAACACUCGCCCAAGUGUAAGCACAGCGACACCAAGUACAACAAGUGGAACUACAACAGCUGGAACUACAACCCCAUCAUCAGUGCAGAGUACGACAACUUCAACUGUACCAUCUACACAAGCAUUGCCUUCUACAAGUCCUUCUGGUGUAACUUCAAUGCUACCAACACUGGCCAAAGUAUUAGCACAACGACACCAAGUACAACAAUUCGAUGCUACCAACACUGGCCCAAGUGUAAGCACAGCGACACCAAGUACAACAAUUGGAACUACAACAGCUGGAACUACAACACCAUCAUCAGUGCAGAGUACGACAACUUCAACUGUACCAUCUACACAAGCAUUGCCUUCUACAAGUCCUUCUGGUGUGACUUCAAUGCUACUACCACUGGUCCUAGUAUCAGCACAACGCCAAGAACUACACCUGCGACGACUGGUCUAAGUGCGACAACUUUAUCACCUUUCACAAGUACGUCUGUAACUCCCAGUGCAAGCACCAGUAGCCCAACUCCAAGUGCAAGCACCAGUAGCCCAACUGUAAGCACAGGGAUAGAAACAACAACGCCAACGUCAUGCUACCAACACUGGCCCAAGUGUAAGCACAGCGACACCAAGUACAAGAAUUGGAACUACAACAGCUGGAACUACAACACCAUCAUCAGUGCAGAGUACGACAACUUCAACUGUACCAUCUACACAAGCAUUGCCUUCUACAAGUCCUUCUGGUGUAACUUCAAGUACUUCUGGUGUACCUUCCAGUGCUACCAACACUGGCCCAAGUGUAAGCACAGCGACACCAAGUACAACAAUUGGAACUACAACAGCUGGAACUACAACACCAUCAUCAGUGCAGAGUACGACAACUUCAACUGUACCAUCUACACAAGCAUUGCCUUCUACAAGUCCUUCUGGUGUAACUUCAAGUGCGACAUCGACUGA